UCCAAGCCUCUCCACUCCACCACCACCGCCACCACCACCACCUCCUCCUCUCCAAACCCCAUCCACCUUCCCCCCAAAUCCCUCCUCUCAUUCGUCUCCGGCUCCACCAUGCCACCAAACCCUAACCCUAAUCCUUACCCUUCCCCCAUUAUACCCUGAUAUUUUUCUCUGUCCCUUCUCCAUGGCCCGCCUCCAACUCCACCUCCGCUUCCAGCCAUCCCCUCCCCUCUCCCUCGCCUCCCGCACCUCCGAGGAGGAAUGCCCGAUUUCGUCGCCGUUGAUCUUGCCGGGGACAGAAGGUGGAGGGGGGAAGAGGGGAUGCGGUGGUUGCGGCGGCGGCCAUGGCCACCAAUUUUCGAUUGUGGCGGUGGUGGCGACGGCGCUGAGGAGGUCACUGGUGAUGUGCAGCGUGGGCGCCGCGGCGGAGGACGGAGGCUGCCCCUCCUCGAUGGAGAUCGGCUGGCCCACCGACGUGCGCCACCUUGCUCACGUGACCUUCGACCGCUUUGAUGGCUUCCUCGGCUUGCCCGUGGAGUUCGAGCCCGAGGUUCCGAGAAGGGUACCAAGCGCCAGUGCAAGUGUAUUUGGGGUUUCUGCCAAAUCUAUGCAAUGUUCUUAUGAUAAAAGAGGGAACAGCGUGCCAACAAUUUUGCUUUUGAUGCAAAGGCACUUGUAUUCACAAGGAGGCCUUCAGAUGGAAGGAAUCUUUAGAAUUAAUGCUGAGAACAGUCAAGAAGUAUAUGUUAGAGACCAAUUGAACAGAGGAAUCGUGCCACAUGGAAUUGAUAUACAUUGUCUAGCUGGUCUGAUAAAGGCGUGGUUUCGGGAACUUCCCACUGGGGUGCUUGACUUACUGACUCCAGAUCAGGUGAUGCACUGCAACACUGAAGAAGAGUGCUGUCAACUUGCAAGGAUGCUUCCACCAAUGGAAGCAGCAUUGCUUGACUGGGCUAUCAAUCUGAUGGCUGAUGUUGUGGAGCAUGAACAUUCCAACAAGAUGAAUGCUCGUAAUAUUGCUAUGGUUUUUGCACCUAACAUGACUAAGAUGGCCGAUCCCUUAACUGCAUUGAUCCAUGCAGUUCAAGUAAUGAACUUCCUCAAGACAUUGAUCAUAAAGACACUGCAAGAAAGGGAGGAGGCGUCUGCAGCAACCAGGGUUUCCCAUCCCUGUUCGGAGUCUCCAGGUGACAAGGACGAGCCCAAUUCAGCAAAGCCAACUGAAAAAUAUGGUGUGGGUUCUGAUGAGAAAACUAUGGACAUCUGUAUUGUUGACAGAACUGCCUUCAGCAAAUUCUUGUCGAGUGCAGAACAUGCUCCAGACAGUGAUGUUGAAGAGAGCUUUCGGAGCUUUGAGAAGAAGAUUGAAAUCAGUGAGGACCGUGAAUCCAUUUUUGGAAAAAGUUCGCCUGUUAGCAGUGAUUUACAUGCCCUAGAAGAUGGGUCUAAAGGUGGACGAGGUCAUGGGGAUGUAGAUGGCUUGUUGGAUAGGUUGAAUUUGAGGAAAGGAGCAAGGAAGAUUUGCAGGCACCCUGUGUUUCAGUUAAGCAGGUCCAGCAAGAAAUCAGGAGAGCUUGGCAUUGUAAAUUCUAGGGUAGAAGGAAGAGAAGCAUGGGCAUGAGGUGUAUCAUAUAGUGGAAACAUGUUUCAGUAGUUAUCUGUUGUCUUUGGUUGUGAUCAUCUGAUGUCACAGGAAUUCAAAAAUUUGGUAGGUUUCUGUUCAUAAUGCAACUGGGGAAGUGUAAAAUGGAUGAUGUGUAGCAUAGUUAGAGUUGAAGUACCGUGGAGGUGUUUACGAUUUGUUUGUGAUUCUCUGCCUGCUUUUAAAACGUAGGUCGUCUUUUAAGUUAUCACUUA